UUGGCGGCCAUUUCUUUUGAGAAGUCACGCAUUAGAGAGCAUAAUAUGAAACUUAAGUUGUAUAGUAAAUAUUAUAAUCUAUUAAUUUGUCCAUAAUAUUAAGUUCAAUCUGUAUGUGAAUAUUUUUUUUAGUAGAAUAAAAUAAAUAAAAUAAUGUUCGGAUUACGCCAAGUGGUACGAUUGGCAAGAAAUAUUAGUGCACAAGAUGUCAUCAAAUUUCGUCAUGCAUCUGCAUCAUUAAAAACAUAUUCUACAAAUAAGUUACAACAAAAAGAUGAUCAUUUAGAUGAUGUUGAUAAAUCAAGUAACCAAACGAAUGAUCUUAAUAAAUCAAUUAAUUCAAAUGACAAAGAGGAAAAUCAAAAAGUAUUAACUAAAAUAGAACCAAAGCUUCAUAUAAUUUUCACUUGUAAAAAAUGUAAUACACAAAAUAGUAAAACAAUGUCUAAAUUAGCAUAUGAAAAAGGUGUUGUAAUAAUACGCUGCGAUGGUUGUAAAAACAAUCAUCUUAUAGCUGAUAAUUUAGGAUGGUUUAAUGAAUUCAAAAAAGGUAUAAAUAUUGAAAAAAUCUUAGCAGAGAAAGGUGAAACUGUAUGUAAGAUAAAAUACGUACCUGAAGGAUUUUUGGUUGUUCCAAAAGAAGAAGGAAAAAACAUUGAUGAAUCUAAAAAUGAAUGGAGUAAUCAAAAAGAAAAUGAGAAUUUAGAUGAAUCCAAAAAUGAUAUUAAUUCAAAACAAAUUAAAGAUACGUAAAAAUUGGUAACAUUACAAAAUUGUAUGCGAUGAUUAAAAUUUAAUUGUAGUAAAACACGCGUUAAGGCUUUAUUAUAAAUUUAUUUUAUAAUAUUUACAUCUUCAGUUGUAAGAUACUACGAUAUAUAAACUAUAGAUCUUUGAAGAGGAUUAUAUCGGUUUGUCUAUAACAACAUCAGGGAUAUAAAAAUAAGUUAAUACAUUUUGUUUGAAAUAUUAAUAACAUUUUUGAAAAUGAAUAUGAAAUUAUCAUUCGUAACAAAUGUUAUUAUAAAGAUGUUUUUUUUUUAAAUAUCUAAGUACACUAAGGCACAUGUUCAAGAAAUUAUUACACUUUGAUUUAUAAAUUGAUGAUAAAAAAAAUUUGAAAAAGUGUGUACUAUGAUAUAUAUAUAUAUAUAUUUCAAAUAUAAUUAUUUCUUUUAUACCAUUAUCAAAGGCACCAUGUCUGAAUUAAUAUAGUUAUGCUUUAUACAAAUAGAAACAAAAAAUCCAUUAUACUUCAAUUCUUAAACAAAUAUUUAAAAUAAUCUAUUCCUAUUUUCAAAGUAAUUUCUAUAUGUUGACAAUGGUCAGAAAGACUAGCGUAUAAAUAAUCAUUAUAGGAAUUCUGUAAUAUCAACAUUAAUAGUUUGUCUAAACAAAUGAUUUUUUUUUUAACUUGACAUAUUAAUGAUGAAUUAAUAUUAAAUAAAAAAAAAAAAAAAACAGAAUUCAUGUUCAAUAUCCAUCUUAGUUUUCCUUCUAAAAAGAAAAGGAAUGCUUUUGUAAUGAUUGCAUAGACUAGCAUAUGUCUUAUCUUAUUUCACAUAUUUUAAAAAUAUAUAUAUAUAUAAAUUGUGA